UGGUUGUUAUAGUGAUAAACUGAGGCCUUGUCUCUUGGCUUCUCCGAGAAAGAAAGGGGCGGGGGGUAACCUCUUUACUUCCCCCAGGGAAGACAGAAAGAAGGGAAGAAGGGGGAUGGGUAGGGAAGAGAAAAAUACGUGACAAAGAAAACAUUCUCUGCCUGGGAGGAGACUCACUGAGGGUGUAGAGCUGGAGGGAGCAGUCACUGGCCAUGCCAGUACUUACCACUGAUGCUGAGUCAGAAACAGGUAUCCCAAAAUCCCUUUCCAAUGAGCCUCCCUCAGAAACCAUGGAGGAGAUAGAGCACACAUGCCCACAGCCUCGACUGACCCUGACCACACCUGCCCCAUUUUCAGAUGAAACCAGUUGCCAAUGCCAAGCACCCCAUGAAAAACUGACCAUUGCUCAGGCCCGCUUAGGGACACCAGUUGACAGGCCUGUCAGAGUAUAUGCAGAUGGAAUAUUUGACCUCUUCCACUCAGGUCAUGCAAGAGCACUUAUGCAAGCAAAAACACUGUUUCCCAACAGCUACCUGUUGGUUGGAGUUUGCAGCGAUGAUCUCACCCACAAAUUCAAAGGUUUCACUGUGAUGAAUGAAGCAGAGAGAUAUGAAGCUCUCAGACACUGUCGCUAUGUGGAUGAAGUAAUCAGAGAUGCUCCUUGGACACUCACACCAGAGUUUCUGGAAAAACACAAGAUUGACUUUGUGGCUCAUGAUGACAUUCCGUAUUCUUCUGCUGGCUCUGAUGAUGUUUACAAGCCUAUAAAGGACGCAGGGAUGUUUAUUCCAACCCAGAGAACGGAAGGCAUCUCAACUUCGGACAUCAUCACCAGAAUUGUCCGCGACUAUGAUGUUUAUGCUCGACGCAACCUCCAGAGAGGGUAUACAGCCAAGGAACUGAAUGUCAGCUUUAUAAAUGAGAAGAAGUAUCGUUUCCAGAACCAGGUAGACAAGAUGAAGGAAAAAGUCAAGAAUGUGGAGGAAAGAUCAAAGGAAUUUGUGAAUAGGGUGGAAGAAAAGAGUCAUGAUCUAAUUCAAAAGUGGGAAGAGAAGUCAAGGGAAUUCAUUGGCAACUUUCUAGAACUGUUUGGACCUGAUGGAGCAUGGAAGCAGAUGUUCCAGGAGAGGAGUAGCCGGAUGUUACAGGCCUUAUCACCGAAGCAGAGCCCCGUGAACAGUCCAACCAGGAGCCGGUCCCCUUCCCGCUCCCCAUCACCCACUUUCUCAUGGCUUCCGAUCAAAUCCUCACCCCCCUCCUCACCCAAAGCAGCCUCAGCCUCCAUCAGCAGCCUGAGCGAGGGGGAUGAGGAUGAGAAGUAAAGGCUGCUGGCAGACAAGAGCCGCACCACGCAGGAUAGGGAGGAAGGAGGGCGGGGUCGCAGGGGAUGCCUGGGUGGUGUUCAAAUGAUGAUAAUUGCAGGAGCUGCAGCUCAGCAGGGGACCCCUGGACUCUGCUAACUGCAGAUCUUGGGAUCAGGUCCCCUCAUUCUCCACACAGCCCAAAAUUUAGACUUGGCAUGGAGGUUUCCAGCCAGACAACCCAUAGAAAACCUUAGUAUCAUCUAGAAUCACUCCACUUUAACCUUGCUAAGGAAAGAUGCAGAGUGCUCCAGGGAGACUUGCACUGAGUGGGUGUCUCCUGCUUUGGUCCUUAUACCCACCCUCACCAAGUAAACUACUUGUGGAUGUAGCUGUUUCCUUACCCUGCUACUUCUGGCUCCAUAAGGGCCUUGCACGUUGCCUCCUACAACCUAAGCUCUGCCAGAAUAAAGUUGUUUCCGAUA